UCAUAAGCGCGACAACUGUCGACGCGGAGUGAGCCUCAACGCCAUGGUCUUUCAGGACAAUUGAUCAAGCCACACAACUAGCACUCCAUCAUGAGCACAUCAAACGCCAACAGCGUCGAUGCGGAAUGUCAACAGUUGCAGUCCGCCUUGUCACCGGCCGGUGCAGCUGUGCGUGACUUCAUCGCAGCCCACCCUGAGGCCGAGGCACAACUCUCGCCCGUGCUGGAACAAGUCCUUAUGCUAUCCGAAACCAUCAUCGCGCUUCUACGGAAUGGGGCACGUUGCGAAGGAGAGGACCAGCUCUUGAGAGAAACCCGGCAGGUCCCAGUAUUCUGCAAUGAGGUCGUCGGCCAAAUCAUAGAAGCUGUCUCUGACACUGGACCUGAAAAGUCGCGAUGGUCGCUCUCUCGGCGUGGUGACGAUGCGUGAAGGAAUGCAGCCAGUCGCGCCACAGCCCUGGGCUCACAUCUGACCACGGGGAGGAGGACGAUGACUCUAGCUAUAGAUGCAUUAGACUUGUAAGCCUGCUUACUCGAACGUCUUUGAGGCAGCAGUUGAG